AUGGUCACGUCGCCUCGCGCGUCGAUAAAGAGCGAGUGCGAGUGCGAACGUGAGGCGUUUCGCUCUUGGAUUGGAAAGAUUAAAAAUCGCUCACCGAUCGCCCCGCCGUCGCUCACACCGCGCGACGCGAACGAAACACCGUCGACGUCCGACGCGGACAUUCGUAAGCGCGCGAAAGAGCUUCUGCUCGCGGCCGGAACCGCGGUGCGCGUGUUGGAGGUGGUGGCGGAAGGCGACGGCACGGAGCUCGAGCUGGGCGGGACACGAGAGACGCUGUAUCGCGUCUCGGCGACGACGUCGCGAGGUGUGGAGCUCGUUAGGUUCGACGACACGCUCCCACCGAGGAGAUGCGUGUUGAGGGAUGAGUUCUGCGACGUCACGAGGGGGUUAGAGCUGUUGAUGAUGAACAUGGGAGCCGGCGCGCGAUGGCGAGCUCGAUGCGACUGGAGCGUCACGUAUGGCCACGCAAGCGCGAUUGAGAGGAACUUGGCGAGGGAUUCGAGAGUGAAAGAGGGUGAUUCGAUCGUGUAUGACGUCGAAGUGUUGAAUCACGUUCCAGUGCACGCGGUCAAGGUGCGAGAACCGGAGGAUGGGUCAGACGUGGAGCUCGACGCGGGCGGUCGAGCGAGGUGCACAAAGAAGACGACGACGACUGGGAGCGGUUGGGAGACCCCGAGACCACCGUUUGAGGUCGCCAUAGAGGUAAGUGCUAUGUUGAUCAGAAGCGGUGAGCGUGAGGAGGAGGAGUUUGUGGAGAAGAAAACGGUGUCGUACGUUGUCGGCGACGGCAAAGUACCUCUGGCGCUGGACACCGCGGUGCGAACGAUGCGGCUGUAUGAGGAGGCGCUCGUCUGGACAAACUACGGUGGAUUCGGGAAGAACGCGAAGUUUAGCGCGAUGUCAAGGGCGAACAGAUUAGUUCCUGCGUUACCGCGAGACGAGUCGGAGCUCCCGGACGGGGUCGCGUACAAGGUGAAGCUCGUCUCAAUGCGACAGGUGCGAGACGUUUUCAACGACGGGACGACGAAGAAGACGCGCACGCGCGACGGUCGCGGUAUCUUUCCUUCCGAUUGCCCCAUGAAUGAUUGCAUGGUGCGCGUGCACUUCGUCUUGUCCACCGCCACCUCCACGGGCACGCACAGCACUCUGGCGAAGAGAUACGACACUCGCUCUGACGCGGCGCUUCAGGGUAAGCCCUUCGAGUUCCGCCUCGGAUGCGGCGCCCUUCCCGAAGCUUUGGAGACCUCAAUUCGACUGAUGAUUCCCAAGGAGGAAUCAAGAGUCGUCCUGGAUCAAUCGCUCGGUCAACUUGCUCGUGAACGGGGAUACGGAGCGGAAAAUUGUCGUCCAGACGCCCCUGGAAGUGACGUUGGAUCAAGCCCAUCCGUGGCAAUCGUGCAAUGGGACGUGGUUUUGGAAUCCUUCGACGCGGCGGUGAAUUGGUAUAAAGCGGACGUGAACGAUAUGCUCGAGGAAGCGCUCAUCAUCAAGGAAGAGGCGAACGCGCUCUUCAAGACUGGUACCUUCGAGCUCGCUCGAGCGAAGUACGAAAAGACGCUUCACAAGCUCGAAAGUCUUCGAGGCCUGGACGACAAGGACUUUGAGCGCGUGGAGACGAUGAAAAUCACGCUCGCGCUCAAUCUUGUGGCGAGUUUACAAAAGCUACACCAGCAUGUCGAGGCGUUGCGACGGGUGAACAAGCUGUUGGAGGCAAAUCCGGAAAACGCCAAGGCUUUGUUCCGCCGCUCGGUGUCCCAUCUCGCUCUCCACGAAUUCAUCGCUGCUCGUGACGAUUUAUUCGCGUGUCUCGACGCGAAUCCGACUUUACAGAGCACCGUGGCGAAGCAACUCAACCUCGUCAAGCGAACGGAGCAGCAAGUCGCCGCGUGUGAGCGCGCCAACUUCAAAUUCAACAAACUCUUCUAG